UGUACAAACAGCGGUGGAAUUAAUAAUGAAUGCAAAAGCACCUCUAAUCAUUAUCGGAAAAGGAGCAUCAUUUUCACGUGGGGAAAAAGAAAUUUUAGAGUUUAUUAAUAAGACGGGAAUACCGUUUCUUCCAACCCCGAUGGGAAAAGGCAUCGUUCCUGACUCGCAUAGUUUAGGAGUAGCAGCCGCCAGAUCACAAGCGCUUGCAGACGCCGAUCUAGUUUUAUUAUUUGGCGCAAGGUUAAAUUGGAUUUUGCACUUUGGCUUACCGCCAAAGUUUAAUAAAAAUGUAAAAUUGAUACAAAUUGAUAUUUACCCUGAAGAACAUCAUAAUAAUCGUCGUGCCGAUGUAUCAUUACUCGGGCAUCUUCCGCUUAUUGUUUCACAACUCCAAUCUGCGUUACCCUCCUCUUACAAGUAUCCGUCAUCGUCGCCAUAUCUUACUGGACUACGGCGGAAAAUCAAGGAAAAUAUUACCGCGACAGAGAAAAAAUUUAAGGAUGAUGGGCUUCCGAUGAAUUAUCAUCGCGCUUUUUGGGAGAUUAAAAAAAGGUUGCCAACUAAAGAUGUGGUAUUUGUUAGCGAGGGAGCUAAUACUAUGGAUAUUGCUCGAACGAUUUUUGAUGUAGAGGAACCGAGGUGUAGAAUAGAUGCCGGGACGUUCGCAACAAUGGGAGUUGGAAUGGGAUUUGCUAUAGCUGCUCAAAUACAUUAUCCAAAUAAACGUGUUGUGGCAAUUGUAGGUGAUUCCGCAUUUGGAUUCAGUGCCAUGGAAAUAGAAACAGCCAUACGUGCAAAACUUCCUCUCUUAAUAAUCAUUAUUAACAACAAUGGGAUCUAUCAAGGUCUAGGUACGAUUGAAUACACAGCAACUCCCGAAAAUCAAUUACCUUCCACUGCAUUAUUGCCCGAUGUACGAUACGAGUUGAUAGCGGAGGCUUGUGGCGGCGUUGGAUUUCUAGUAAAGACACCCGAUGAACUUGGACAAGCUAUUGAUGCUGCAUUUAAGAAAGACCUUGCAGGAAAGUGUGUGGUUGUUAAUGUGUUGAUUAGGCCCGGGGGAAACCAGAAACUUGAAUUUGGCUGGCUUCAGACAACAAAGCCAAAAAUUUGA